CAUCAUUUCUGGUACACCCAUAAAAUGUCUCCUCCCCAUAGCCAAGUCCACAUUUCAACUACGCCACAUGGAUUUAGCCGGCCGGGACCCGCAGACCCGAUAUGAAGAGACACCAAGCUCGCGGUAUCGCUCAACGGACUAUGGUUUGGGGGCCACUGCCUCGACCCCAGUUCAAUCACGAUGCUGAUGCAGCUCUGGGGCGGAGAAUUGUGCGGGCUUAUGGCGCGGUGCGCUGGGGUACAUGCUGCCUCUGUGCCGCAUGCGCAUGGGGCGGCGUUCUCCAGCUUCCUUUUCCAUCUUCAUGUCCUAUGACCGGAGAGAGUAUCGCCGUCAUCAUCUCAAAUCCCCAAAGUAAUUGACGCAACGUAUCGGGAUCGCUACUGUAGCGCACUCGUCAUUAGAAGCGGGUGUCCGAUAUCAUAUCUCUUGUCCAAAUUGUUAAUCAUGAAUGACUGUGUCAGCGCGCU